UCCCGAGGGCGCCAUGCCGCGCCCGCCGCUGCCGCCGCCGCUGCUGCUGCUGCUGCUGCUGCUGCUCACGCCCCCCGCCGGGGACGCCGCCGUCAUCACCGGGGCCUGCCAAGAGGACCCCCAGUGUGGCGGAGGCAUGUGCUGUGCUGUUAGCAUCUGGGUAAAGAGCAUAAGGAUUUGUACACCGAUGGGCAAACUGGGAGAUUCCUGUCAUCCGCUCACCCGCAAAGUUCCGUUUUUCGGGAGGAGAAUGCAUCACACUUGUCCGUGUAUGCCCGGCCUGUCCUGUUUACGAACCUCAUUUAACCGAUUUAGUUGUUUAGGCCGAAAAUAGUCACUUUGGAGUAGAAGCUUUCAAUGUGAACAGCCACACGGUGUCUGUAAAAUUUAUUUCCUUGUGAUUGUGCUCCACACAUAAGA